AUGGAGAUGGAAAAUCCAUCGAAUUUCAGUUACAUGGGGAGGAACUGCAGCGAUCUGAGCAUCGGUGAUAACUCCUCUGCUUUCAGUGAGUAUAACAGCGAUAGAUCCGGUGAGUUCCCGACGACAUCGUCCCAGAGCCGGCAGCUUCUGAUUGCCUGCGCUUCCGACAACUCCGAUGAUAUGAUUCAACAGCACGUCGCCGUGCUCGAGGCCGGUUCGACUGAGGAGCAGAAGCAGGCGGCCAUGGAAAUCAGGCUCCUCGCCAAGAACAAAUCCGAAAAUCGGCUCAAAAUCGCCCGAAACGGUGCGAUUAAGCCGUUGCUUUCGCUCCUAUCGUCGUCUGAUCAGCAGCUCCAGGAGUACGGCAUCACCGCGAUUCUCAACCUCUCGCUGUCAACGACGACAACGCUGAUGUUCGAGACUUUGCCGUCGAUUCGAACGCCAGCAGCUUCGAUGCAGUCCUCAGCGACACCCUCGCCGGAUCGGAUCAAAUGGGACUACAAAGGUCAGAUCUAUGACAUGUUCCAGAGUAGGAUGUUAUGGACCUGGUGGGCCUUAUGUACUGUUCGCAGGGAAAAAUGCUAG